CGCAAGUUCCGUCUGAUCGGCUGUGACCAGCUGUUUUGCGCCGUCGUUCCCUUUCUCCCCCGCCUGGCUGACUGACCGGCCACCCGAAAGAUGUUCCGAAUUGGAUUAAAAUUUCCGUGCAACGGUCUAACACGGGUCAAAAAACACGGCUGCUCCAGGUUACACUUGAUAGCCAGGUACCAUGAGUCGCGAACACGCGUCAAAUACGAACCGGACGGAAGGCUAUGCAAGGAUAUCAGAUUUAUAUCCAGGUUUACUGGACCUAAGUAUUCGACCGCACCGCCAAAAAGUGAGAAAAGUCGAGGAUCAGGAACAUUGAUAACUUUAGGAGCUGUAACAAUAGGUACUUUAGGAAUAUUAACAUAUGCAAAGCAAGAUCCGGAAGUUCGAGCUACUCUUGAAGGAUGGAUUCCUGGCACAGAUAAAGCUAUUCGAAUUAUCUUCCAGGAGGAAUCUAGCUAUUUCGACUUUGUACUUACAUUCUUCAAAACAUUGAAGCAAACGAUAUUGGACUUGUUCAUCAAGGAAACAUCAAAACCAGAACCAGCACCCAAGCCAGUUUUUAAACCACUAGUCGAGAAGAAGGAAGCGCCUAUUAACGAGAAUUAUGCCGAAAUUCGUGUUAGUAAAGAGAAGGGUGAAAAAGUAGACGUUGUGGUUGAAAAACCAACGCCUUCCAAAACUGUACCCGAAGAGUUGAUGCCACAAAAUCUUGUCGAGCUAGAAACGUACUGCGGUGAAGCCGCCGCUAAGGCUAUCGAGGCCUAUCGUAAGGCGGUAUGCGCACUUCAAGACUACAAUCAGGAUAUCGUCAAAGUCAUUGAGAGUGCUGGCACUACGAUAAGCGGGACCGUUUGGCAAAGGUUAAAGGAGGCGACGGAAAAGAGAAAAGAGAUGGUACAGCAAGCGGAGGAACAUGCGAAAGAUGCGUUGAAUUCGCUUAAGCGCAUGUACAAUUUAAUUGAUGAAUCAGUGCUCCAAGCGCCCGCGCAUAUGAAAACAGCCGCGAGACGGAACGUUAGAAAAAUUAUGGACGAUGUGGACGAGGCUAAAAGGAAGUACACCGAAGAGCUGCAUAGCAGUAACCUUACCGAGCGCUAUUGGAAGCAAAUUAAGACGGCGCGGGAAGAUUUUAACGAAGAAUUGCAAAUUCUGUUUCCCAAUAUAAAUAUUCAUGACAAGAAAUUGUCUGUCAGUGAAGAAGCCUUCGAUUUAUUCGUCCUGCAUAUGUAUCACAAAGUUAACAACCUGCAGAAAGAGCUGGAGAAAUUAAGGACAAUCAGCGAAGCUAAAGUGAAGACGGCAUUGAGGUCGACGGGUGAAGAUGCGACUCAAGAAAAGUUGGACGCGAUAAUCUGCCUCGCAGUUAACCAGGAGAAGCUCGAGCUUCAAGACAAACACGCGAAAGAGCUGCUGGCGGAGCAGAAGAAACUGGACGAUGAGAUGCGGCGGCAGCUGAAAUUGCAGUCGGAGAUACACGCCGAUCAUCUUCGAGAGGCACUUUUGGUCAAAGAGCAGGAAACGCAAAGGAUGCUGCAGCGCGGUUUCACCGAGAAAGCCGACGCCGACUCCAUAAAGCACAAGACACAGCUCGCGGCGAUGACGGGAAGGUUACAUGCUCUCACAGCGGCUCUUAAAGCUCGGAUGGAAGAGGAAAAAGGUGCGUCAAACGCACAGAUCCUUUGGUCGGCCUGUCAAGCCUUGGCUAGAGCAAUGAAAACCGCGUCACCGGAUGUGACGAUCAGACCAUUGGAACCUGAAAUUAAGGCUAUCUCCAAAGCAGCAUCGAAGGAAGAUCCUCUGGUGUGCGCCGCUAUCCAGAGCAUUCCCGAGGAGGCGGCCAAGAGAGGAGUAUUCCCGGAGGAUGUCCUUCGCGUGAGAUUCCUCAAGGUAGAAAGCGUGGCUAGGAGAUUAGCUAUGGUGCCUGAGGAGGGUGCAGCACUGCCUAUAUAUCUUCUUAGCUAUCUUCAAAGUUUCCUGAUCAUCAAAACGGCCAAUCCAAUCCCGAAGAAGGAGCUCGAAAACGAGCCAAUCGAUGUAAACUCUUUGAAUACGUACGACAUCCUUCAACGUGCCAGAUACUGGUUGGAUCGCGGCGAUUUUAAGAUGACUCUGAGAUACAUGAAUCUGCUCAAGGGUGCGCCGAGAAGCAUCGCCAGAGACUGGAUGAACGAGACCAGGAUCCUGCUGGAGACGCAGCAGGCGAUCAACACCCUACUGGCGUACGCAGGUGCGAUCGGUCUCGUAUAUCUCGGCGCUGGAGAUUCGCCCAAGCAGAAGUAAAGGCGGACAGAGAACCACAGAAGAGAGGCUGUCCCGAACCACACACACGAGGGAAUGUCUAUAGAGGAACGGGGCGGGGGUGACAGAGGAGAAUAGGGAGAGACAGAUGGCACCGACGACGAACUGAAGGGAAACGAGAACGGAAGGAUGAACGCGGGGAGAAAUCGCUGCCAGCCUUGUAUAGUCACAGAAAUGUCUUUUCUAGCAAUUAAAAUAUAGGAAUAUAUAUAUUGUGUGCCGAGAGAGGUAAUGCAGACAGUGAAACACUUUUCUUUGCCAGUCCUCGAGGACUCCCAUCCUUGUACGGAAAUGUACUUUCGCGCGCUUUGAAUUUUUCAACGAGAUUCAAAUUUUAUGUAUGAAACGUACGCGAAGAUUUUAAAUACUUGUCGGAUAUAUAGAUUUCGAGCGAGCUGUUGAAUGGAAUACGAACGUUGUAGUGAAUACGAAAUCACUUAUCUGAUAAUAUAUUUUGCUUCGAUAAAUACUUUUUUGCUUGAUUAUAUAUAUAAGAAGAAACCACUUCCCUUAUAUUGAUUGAGAGAAGAAUAUAAAGAAAAAGUUUAUUUUUAUUUUUGCAUACCACUAUUCCACCCAACAGCUCGAAUCGUGUGUGAUGAGGGUACAGAAAGUUACCGAAUACAGUGUAAAUAUCGAACACGAUCGUACUUCUAAAGAGACGACGGUAUAAGAAAGCAUUUAAGCGCGUCCCACAUUUAUUACAACGUGAAAAUACAAAGUCCCGGAUGUUUUUAAAUUAUUAUUUUCGCGUUUAAUCAUGCCUGUAACUUUGAUAAUCACGUUCGAUGGCGGCGGGCGUGUUUUGAGCUCUCCUUGUCCUGAUCCAUCCAUCCAUCCAUCUAUCUACCCAUCCAUCCAUCCAUCUCUAUCGAGAGUACCUUUUACUUUAUAACCGGAUAUUACUCUCCCGCGCACCGAACUCCCGUCGCGAAUCACAUCGAUCGUUCGCGUGCCGUUACCUCGUCUUUCGCCUCUCACACGAAAACCUUGGCGAUUUCGCACGGGACGGGGAAGCGUGCUAGGAAUCAUUGUAAAAAUUGGAAAUAAAGUUGUUUCCUGACGUAA